AUUCUUGGAAAGACAUUCCCACCGAAGGAGAUAGAUGUGUGAAGAACAGAGGCUGAGGGGAGAGAAGGAGUGAGGGACGGGAAGAAAGGAAGGGAGUUGGGAAGAAAAUAUAGGACUCUGCAGAGAUUUGGAGCCAAGCAAAUGAAUGCAUUGCUUUGACUCUCAGUUGUCUUCAGACUGGAAGUAGUGAAAAUCGAGGGACUGAGUAGCAAGAGCCAAACAAAAGAACUGAACGCUUAUUUUCUCUUGCAACAGGGUGGAGAGUAAAAAGAAAUCGAGAGAAAUAAUCCCAUUUCUUGAAAAAAAACAUACUAUUUUUCUGCUCGUGCUUGAGGGGGAUUUAUUCCAGAGAGCCUCAGUGGUUAGUAAUGGUGACUAGAAGACUUCUGGGGCACGUCCUUAUCUUCAUCUGUCUGACGCCCACAACUGGAGCCCCGUCCAUUGAAAAUAUUGAGGAGGAGUCCUCCACCCAGGACAGAUGCGUCCGGUGUUGUAAUCCGCAUGAAUACCCCAUGCAUCCGACGACAACACCCAACCCAGUGCCAGGCCAGCACCACAGCGGAUAUUAUCCACCAUACCCAAUGCCUCAUAUCCAUCCGCACAUCAAUAUCACCAUUCUCAAAGGGGACAAAGGUGAAAAGGGUGAACGGGGGCCCCAUGGGAAACAUGGCAAGGAAGGCCCGAUAGGAAUCCAAGGCCCAAUGGGGCAUAAAGGAGAGCGGGGCCUGGCAGGAAUCCCUGGUGACUCCUACAAGCAACACUACUCGGCCUUCUCUGUAGGCCGCAAGAAAGGAUUGCACAGCAGUGACUACUACCAAACCUUGCUCUUUGACACGACCUUUGUGAACCUCUACGGCCACUUCAACAUGUUCAAGGGCAAGUUCUACUGCUACAUUCCCGGAAUUUACUACUUCAAUCUCAACAUCCACACGUGGAACUUUAAGGAGACCUACCUUCACAUCAUGAAGAAUGACCAGGACAUGGUCAUCUGCUACGCGCAGCCCAGUGACCGUAGCAUCAUGCAGAGCCAAAGCAUCAUGCUGGAGCUGCAAGAGAACGAUGAGGUUUGGGUGCGCCUUUACAAGCGGGAGCGGGAAAACGCCGUCUACAGUGACGAUGUCGACAUUUACGUCACCUUCAAUGGUUAUUUGAUAAAACCCAACCUGGACUGAGACACCCCUUCAUUUCUUCCUUUCUCUUUCUCUUUCACGCUCUCUGUCUGUGGGGAAAUAUUGCCCAUCAAAGGGAAGACCAUUAAGUUAUAAAUGGGACCAUCUCCUCAGCUAACCAAUUUAAAAAGUCUUCAUUUACCUACCUGGAAUCACCCGUGUUCUUUCUCCUUAGCGAAAAAGCCACAUUGGUGUCACAACAAAGGUAUACUACUUUAAAGCAAUGUCAAAAGACCAAAUUGAAUUCAUAAAUUUAGGUCCUACAUCUUUCCUCUCUAUGAUAGACCCAGUGCCAAAAAUCUACUGCAUUAACAUUUCACGUCUCCCAUGGCAACGCAGACUGUGGAUCUAAUUUUUCAUGUGAAACAGGGUUAGGUCCAAGGAGUGGGUGUGCAGACACAAACUAGGCCCCAUUUCUCAAAAUCAGAAAUUCUCCCACAGUUUCCUUUCAAUAAAUAGGGGCUUGUGUCUGUGUAGCGCCUUUCAUGACCUCAGGAAUUUCCAAAGUGCUUUGCGGUGAAUGGAGGACUUUGUAGGCGUCUGUUAUAAUGUAGGGACACAGCAGCACAGCAGGAUCCCACAAUGCCACAGAGGGCCUGUGGUGGGGACGAGAGCUACAUGGCACAGAUACUGGAGAUUUGAAUUUUAAAAAAUAGAGAGUACUUUAGAAAACGCAGCAGGGCUGACAGUUUCUGUAAAGAGAGAAACAGUUAACAUUUCGUGUCCAGUAUGACCCUUCUUCAGAGUCCAAUUUGACCAUUCUGAGGAACUUCCUUUGUGAGUUGGUUAAGAGACAAAUCCGCCUGGAUACUCUUCCCGCUCAGUGAAGUGGUGCUAUGAUAUCUUUCUCAUUCUCCUGACAGAUAUGAUACCAUGUCCGAAAAAAACCGUCUUCGACAGUGCAGCACUCCCUCAGGUCUGACCAAACCUCAGUUCAUAUAUUUUCACACCAGCUGAGUUACCAUGAAGGACUCUUAUUCUCAAACAAAAACCAAAACGACUGUGGAUGCUGGAAAUCAGAAACAAAACCAGAAGUUGAUGGAGAAACUCAGCAAGCCUUUGCAGCAUCUGUGGAGAGAGAAGCAGAGUUAACAUUCGUAAACCAGUGACCCUUCAUCACUGUGAACUCUGCUUUCUCUCUGCACAGGUGCUUCCAGACUUGCUGAGCUUCUCCAGCAAUUUCUGUCUUUGUUGCCCCUUCUUAACCUUGCCUGGUGAUCCUUAGGUUAAACCUUCAUCAAUCGUCACUCUAAUGAGACUCUCUCUAUGGCCCAGUCAGAUCAUGGUGACUUUACCUGUAUAUUCAAAAUGGAUGGUACUGAAGGGAAGAUACAUGUUGAUGAUAGCGUUGUUUAUCAGCAUGUUGAAAUGCAUGAGGUGUCUCCAACUCUCCAUGUGGUAUUGUACAUUUUCCACAUCUCAGAGCAGUGCAAGUUUCUAAAGUGAGUAACAGAUUUAUUCACUCAAGUUUUAAAAUACCUUUGUGAUCACAAGUGAUCUGCACCCAUGCUUACCUCACUGUCUGCUCAUUUUGUUCUGAGUUCCCGCACAGACUUAACCAAUUGAGUCAGAGAGCAUGGAUGAUUUACCAGACUCGUGCAAUCAAACAUCAAACAAUCGAGCGCUGCAGUUUGGACUUUAAUAGAGUGGUAUCACAAACAUGUCAACCGAUUGCUUUCCUUCAACCUCUGAGCUUCAUGCUGGCUAUUUUCUUUUUGCAGAGGUUGUGCCAACUGAAAUGGCACUAUAUUAUCAGUCAAAGUCAGCAAUGGGCAGAUACACGGAGUGCCAACCCCCCUGUGAUGACUCUGUCUCUGCCCAAAAGAAAAAUCUAAUACAUCUUUCAUUGAAUCAUACAAUCCCUCCAGUGGGGAAUCAGGCCAUCCAAUCCACACCAACCCUCUGAACAGCAUUCCAUGCAGACCCAUCCCCUACUCCUAUAAUCUUGCAUUUCCCGUGGCUAAUUUAUCUAGCCUGCACAUCGCUGGACACUAUGGGCAAUUUAGCGAUGGCCUAUCCACACUAAGCUGCACAGCUUUGGAAACCAGAGCCAUGGAUGGAAACCCAUGCGGUCACAGGGAGAAUGUGCUAACUCUACACAGUUGACCAAAGGUGUGCCAAACCCAAAUCCUUGGCGCUGUGAGACAGCAGUGCUAACCACUGAGCCAACGUGCCACCCUUUCCAACCUACAUAUUACAAGUUGGCUAAGCCGGGCCUGCACCCAGUAAUUUACAAGCAUCCGCCCAUCUCGAAUCACCUCAACAAUGAUGGUUAACCUCCAGAUGACCUUGGGAUUUUCAAUAGACCAACUGGAAAGUUUUCCAAAGCAGGAAAUUAGUGUCCUGUAUAUACUUUUAAUUCCUUUUCUUCUGAAAUAGCUUGCCAAUUAAUGGCACCCACCACCACUUCCUGUGUUCUGACCUGCGUUCGGACUCAAUGGGCACAUGGAAUGGGAUUUCUCCAGCCAUGUGGCAUCAUUUGGUCUACUCUAUGUCUUUCUCUGUUGUCUGCAGAGUGGAUGAGCUUUCAGAGUUUGUGGAAGUGGGUGAUUGGAGGGGGGGG